AUGGGGCGCGAGACAUCACUCGUCCGUGUCCUCAACUUCUGCGGGACUAAUCCCGAGCGCGCCAAGCCCGACCCCACUCCUAUCGAGCUUCGCUGCAUCAGUGGCGCUCCUCCUCCUCCGCUUCGCGCCCUCCUCAAUGAUGCCAUCCCGAUCAACUCCACCGCGUUCGAAGAUACGGAUGCAACCACCGGCGUCUCCAUGUUCGUGGGCAGCAAGACGGAGACCGCGCUGCUGGCAAUGGCGCGGGACUUGGGAUGGCCCAGCUACAAGGCCGUACAGGAGGCCGCGGAGACUGCAGGUGUUCCCGUUCUCGAGCAAGCGCAUGGCUAUGGGUGCCACGUGCUCGUGGCGGCGUGUGCACACCAGGUCGUUUCCACCGAAGGCGAGGAUGCAAUCACGGAGGACACUGAGGAAGUCGAUCGGGCACGGAUCUUGGAGAGCAUCACGCUGCACGCGUCGCAGACGCUUCGCACUAUUGCUGUAUGCUACCAAGACUUCGACACCUGGUUACCCAAGGCUGACGAGGUUUCGUGGACGGAUCUCGCACGCGAUCUCACUCCCAUUAGCUUCUUCGCUCUUGAAGACCCCCUUCUCAAGAUGUGCACCGGCGACGUACUCACCAUGCGCUCCAUCGCUACCCACCGCGCGACCAUGCAGCGUCUCCAAGUGCUCGCGCGCUCGUCGCUCGAGGACAAGCACAUCCUCGUCAACAUUCUCAAGGAGCUCGGCGAGAUCAUCGCGGAGGCGUCCGAAAUCGUCCUCGUGGACGACGGCUUCGCCUCAAUCGUCAAGGUCAUCAUCUGGGGCUGCGCUGUCGAGAACACCGUGCGCAAGUUCCUGCGGUUCCAGGUGACGCUCGCGUUCGCUGCCGUUGUCGUCUCGGCGCUCGCGGGGACGAACUUCGAGGAGAGAGUGGACGCGCUCCUCGGCUUCCCACCGCGCGAUCUCCGCAGCGUUACCCUGGUGUUCAACGCGUUCGUGAUCGUGCAGGUCUUCAGCUCAUUCAACUGCCCCCGGCUCGAUCGCCGACACAACAUAUUUGAGGGCGUGCUCAGGAACCCGUGGUUCAUCAGCAUCACUUUCAUCGAUAUUGUCGUCCAGAUUCCGAAUAUCUUCGGCAGUGACGUCUUCACCGUCACGCGCCUCGCCGCCUGCAAGUGGGGCGUCGUCUCGAUCCCGAUCGGCGUGCCCAUCCGCGCGAUCCCCAACGCCCCCUGCGAAUGCGCAUUCAAGGCUCGAGCCUCCUCUGUUGACGAUCCACCAGCCUACUUCGCUCGUGGCCAGCUCACGGGCCGCCUUGGGGCGUUCCGCGCGCUGCGCGUGGGGGCCGCUUGCGUCGGCCUGGUCGAGCUGAGUCUGCGCGAGGCGGCGGAGUGGGAGCGCUUCUUCGGACUGGUGUUCCACGUGAGGGCGGCGCACGGACGGCUACGCCGCGACGAUGUCGGGCACGCACGCCCAUAA